AUGUCUGAUCAUUCUGAAUUAAUUGAACGCUUUACCGCGUCUGUUUCUUGUGACGAACAACAAGCUCGUUUCUAUUUGGAAGCGAAUAACUGGGACCUCAAUGCUGCGGUAGAUAAUUAUUAUGAACAUGACGGAAAUGAUGCAGAAGGGGAAAAUGCUGAAGGCUCAUUCCAAGAAACACGAGUUCCUGCGCCUCAUAGCACAGCUUCUGGCUCAACACAAAAAAAAAAUUCCCAAUAUGCUACUUUGCGUGAUUAUGAUAAGGAGCAGUCGGAUGAAGAGGAGGAAGAAGAAGUGCGCGAAAAUCUAUUUGCCGGCGGUGAAAAAUCUGGAAUUUUCAUGCAAAAACCCGGCAAGCCAAGAUCAUUAGUUGAUGACAUUCUCAAAAAGGCAACUGAAGGUGGGCGUGGAUAUGUUGAAGAACCCGAAACUACACCGGCUCCACACACCUUUACUGGCACUGGUUACAAACUUGGAAGUGAUGAAGAGCCUUCGGUUGCAGUGAACUCAUCAGAACCUUCCACCGUUGAGCCACCCAGAACGGUUGUCCGUCAUUUGACAUUUUGGAGGGAUGGGUUUAGUAUCGAGGAUGGUCCCUUAAUGGCAUAUGAUGAUCCAGCAAACGAAGAAUUCCUUAAAGCUAUUAAUAAUGGACGUGCACCUUUGACUUGGCUAAAUGUAAGAUAUGAUCAACCAGUGGAUAUUCGUGUGGAACGUAGGCUGGAUGAAGACUAUAAACCACCACCUAAACAACCGAUCAAGCCAUUCUCAGGUUCCGGGCAAAGGCUCGGCAGUCCAACACCAACAGUUGCAACUAGUAGUACACCUGGUGCAUACCCUUCAAGUUCUUCAACACCAAGAUUGAACGAACUAGUUAUUGAUGAAUCACUACCGAUAACAUCCAUUCAAAUUCGUCUAGGUGAUGGAACGAGGAUGCUUGCUAGGUUCAAUCAUACUCAUACCGUUUCCGAUAUUCGAAAUUUCAUUAACGCUUCGAGAGUUGGAGAAGCAACACGCAACUACGUUUUACAGACAACAUUUCCAUCUAAGGACCUUAAGGACGAAUUACAAACUUUGACAGAAGCAUCUCUUCUUAAUGCAGUAGUUGUGCAACGAUAUACCUAA